AGAAAUGUUGGCGUCCCGUCAAAUCGACUGACACCGAUCCAUCGAACAAAGGAUUCUUCUUCAUCGACCAAAAGUACCGUUGUUUGAAGAAAUUGCAUAAUAGAGCCUGCAUCGGUUCGUUCUCAGCGGGUCGUCGGGUACCACCUUGGUUAAACUUCUUGCCAAGAAGUCGUCUAGCAACAUUGACCAAUGACCAUCGUCUGGUGACCAGAUUCUGAGGCCACGAAGAGUACCGUAAGAAUAUUCACGUGUAGGUAAAACAGGGGGGGUAGUGUCCGGUCAACGCUCUUGCGCUCCUUGGUUAAUGUAUAUAAGAGAAGCGGUUUGAACCAUGUUCACGGCAGAUCAACGGUAGACAUGAUCGGCAAGAUAGUUCUGAUACUUUCGGCUUUGGCUCUGGCUCAAGCCCAGAUACCCAGUCUGGGUUUCUGUCCAGAUUACGUACCUAUGGCGAACUUUGACAUGACUAAGUUUUUGGGUAUCUGGUACGAGGCUGAGAGAUACUUCCAACUGACAGAAGUAGUAUCACGAUGCGUAAUGGCAAAUUACACGUUGGGUCCUGACGGCAAAUUCCGAGUCAGCAACGAAGUUACAAAUAGAUUCACGGGGAUCAAGAGAGUGUUAGAGGGCGAAAUCAAGAAAGCUGCCUCGAAAGCCGAAGAAGGAAAGCUAAUCGUAAAAUACACGAUACCAUUGACUCCUGAAACCAAAUAUUCUGUACUUGAAACGGAUUACGAUUCUUACGCGGUUCUGUGGAGUUGUUCCGGUAUUGGUCCAUUCCAUACGCAGAACGCCUGGGUUAUGACAAGAGAAAGAUUAGCACCGGGAACAGUCUUACAGAAGGCUUACGCCGUGCUUGACAGCUACAAGAUUUCCAAAACGUUCUUCGUAAAGACGGAUCAGCAAGACUGUGCUUACUUGGAUACACCAAAACCGGUGGAGACCUCGGAGAUUCAAGGCGAUCAAGCUCCUGUAGAAGCUCCGCAGAAAGAUAGCGAAAAUGUUAGAGCCGCUGUAGUGCCAGAUGCACCGGAAGUGAUCGUCGAAAUGAACACGAAGGAGGAGGAAAAGUCGACGAAAAAGCCUCAAACUGCUGAAAACGCGAAGAAGAAGGCGGUUAACGCGGUUCCCGUUCGAAUCAUGGAAGUGGCUGACGCCGUGAAAGAAGAUAUACCGACGAAGAAUGCGCAGAUAAAAGAGGAGAAAAACAGCGAACCUACGAAAGAGGAAGUCGACGAAAAUACGAAGCAAGUAGAAAAGAUCGCGUGAAGAUAACACUCGAAAAUGAAAUUUAUACUCGUCCCGUUUGAGAAACUUCGCGUACAUUAUUAUCGAUUAGUUCAGUUUCGGGCUUGUAGCGGUUUCGCUCUAUCGAAACCAGUCUCGCCUGAGUUUCAUGUUCAUUAUUCAUCCAUUUUCAAGGAUUAUCACUUUCAUGGUUCGUGGAGGGAUAGGAGGGUACUUGUUUUAACUUGUGUACAAAUGUAAAAAAAAAAGAACGAUAAAAGUUAAAUAAAUUGUUACAUAAAACGUUGCUAUGAAA